AUGGCGCAAUCAUGCCAUGAGAAAUGUACAGCAAAUAAUUGUGACAAAGGUAAACCAACCCAAUGCACGAAGGUUUUGAAGGCUUUGUUCGAGGGCGAAAGUUGUGCCUUAUUAUAUAAUGAAGAUGAUGAGGACGAAGAAUUUUGUUUUACCGAAGACAAUAAAUGGUUUGAAGAUGCGUGGGUGCAGGGUCUAGAGGAGAAAGAAGAAAUGCGGUCGGGAUAUAGAAAAGCGGCCAAGCAGCAAGUUCAACUAGCUAUGGAAGCCCUGGAAGAGGCGCAAAAACAGUUUGAUGCUGCGCAAUUCAAUUUUGACAAUUUUAACAGUCAAGAAAAUAAAACUGUAGAAAAUGUUUCGCUUUAA